GGUGUCUGUGCGCUCAGUCGUCGCCACUGUGCGUCGCUGAAGAUGUUGCAGCAGCAGCAGCAGCCUCUGACGGGCACCGGGGCCUCCAGCGGCCGGGGACUCGCGGUGAGCGUCCACCCCGGGAUGCACGCUCUAAACUCGGCUCGCCAAGCUUCGCAGCACCGGUCCGACGGCGGAGACCCGGGCCUCGAGGGGCCGGAGAACGGGCACGAAUCCCGCAGAGACAUCGGCGACAUCCUGCAGCAGAUCAUGACCAUCACCGACCAAAGUCUGGACGAAGCACAAGCAAAGUCAGUGAAACAUGCCCUCAACUGUCACCGCAUGAAGCCCGCGUUGUUCAGCGUGCUGUGCGAGAUCAAGGAGAAAACAGGCCUGUCUAUGAGGAACGCCCAGGAGGACGAGCCUCAGGAUCCUCAGCUGGUGCGAUUGGACAACAUGCUGCUGGCGGAGGGUGUGGCGGGGCCCGAGAAGGGCGGGGGGGCCGCUGCUGCUGUGUCUGCCGCCACCAGCUCGGGAGGGAUGUCACCCGACAGCUCGCUCGAGCACUCCGACUACAAAAGCAAGUUGAGCCAGAUUCGCAGUAUCUACCACACUGAGCUGGAAAAGUAUGAGCAGGCAUGCACCGAGUUCACCACCCACGUGAUGAACCUGCUGAGGGAGCAGUCGCGUACGCGGCCCGUGACUCCGCGGGAGAUUGAGCGCAUGGUGGGCAUCAUCCACCGCAAGUUCAGCACCAUCCAGACCCAGCUGAAGCAGAGCACCUGUGAGGCCGUCAUGAUCCUGAGGUCCCGCUUCCUUGAUGCAAGGCGCAAAAGGCGCAACUUCAGCAAGCAGGCCACCGAGGGCCUGAAUGAGUAUUUCUACUCCCACCUGUCCAACCCUUACCCCAGUGAAGAAGCCAAAGAGGAUCUUGCUAAACAGUGUGGAAUCACCAUUUCUCAGGUGUCCAACUGGUUUGGCAACAAAAGAAUCCGCUACAAGAAAAACAUUGGCAAGUUCCAAGAGGAGGCCAACCUUUAUGCCAUGAAGACAGCCUUGGUGGUCAGACAGGGCGACGAUUCCCCGCACACCCCAAACUCCACAGGAUCCGGGUCCUUCUCUCUGUCCGGGUCAGCUGACGUGUUCCUCGGGGCUCCACCUGUGAACGGCGAGCAGUCUGCUUACCAAAUGGGAGUGCAGUCUAACGGGAACUGGCAGGGUCGAAACUCGCCCCCGUCCGGCGCCUCGCCUCGCAGCGACCACUCGGAAAACUCUGACUGAAGGCCCCGCCCACUGGCACAGAACGACAGCGACUGCAAGAUUGACGACGGAGGAGACAGAAGAAUGAUAUCACACUUCCCACUUGGCUGCAGUUGUUUUUGUACGUUGUUUGGUUUGACUAUUUUAAAUGUAAGUUGUAUUUUUAGUCUUCUCUCACCGCUCAGCGUGGGUCAUUAGUAUGUUUAGCUGAGAGAGUGUGUGUGUGUGUGUGUGUGUGUGUGUGUGUGUGUGUGUGUGUGUGUGCGUGUGUGUGUGUGUGUGUGUGUGUGUGUGUGUGUGUGUGGUUUUAUUAUCAGGGUUGUAGGGUUUGUUUUCCACUGCUUUUGCCAUGUUACUGAGGUGUGUGUUUGUGGUUGGAAUGGGGAGGACGGCACAACAUUAUCAUUGUUUUUAGCACACUAUAUCAUUAUUAUUAUUAAUAUUAUUGCUGUUUUAUUAUUAAUGCUACAACUACUUUCAUUUUAACAGCUCAAAAAGAGAGAAUGCAUUUAGUGAAUGAGAGGACAAUAGAGAAAAAUCCAAAGAUUUUGUGCGUUUGUUUCUCUGUUUUGUUAGUUUUUUUGGUUUUUUUUCUACCGGGCUCAUGUGUCCCUGUAAAAUGGAUGAGGCGUGUGUGAGUCCAUAUCAGUGGUUUGAAUGAGUAUAUCAACAGUGCUGUCUUUUUCUCUGUACAGUGAAACACCUGUAUUCUCUCUACCUCUUUUACAAUAAAGACUCUCUGUAUUCACAA